AUGGAACAACAUCCUCAGAUGAUGGAGCAGCAUCACAUUCCUCAGGUACACCCCUCUCAGAUGCAGCAGCAGGGUUUUCCACCCUAUUUUGCUGAGUACACGUAUGCUAUGGCCAACUGGGCCCAAGAUGUCUCUUCUAGAGACUGGAUGCCACCACUAUCAUUUCGUCAGCUUUUUUAUGAGGCAGCUGAGCGUUACCCUCAGAGUUCUCUUGCAAGAACAAAUGCUUUUGAUCGGUUUGCUAGCCCGCUUGACAUGGAGAACUACUUUGCGGAGGAAAGGCUGCGAGGAGCUAACGCGGAGGAACGAAUUAGGGCGGGGUGUGAUGAGUCAUUUAUAUAUAACAUGGCUGAGGAACGCACUCUUAAGGAGUAUUCGAUCCCUUCUUCGGAUGAGCCAUGCACUAUUAUAGUCUAUCCAACAGUUCAAGGUAGCAACUUCAAAAUAAAACCUGCACUACUAAUUCUAGUACAACAAAACCAAUUCUCCGGAUCACCUUCCGAGGACCCAAACUUGCAUAUCUCAACCUUUUGGAGACUUAGUGUAACUUGCAAAGACGACCAAGAAACCGUCAGGCUACAUCUCUUCCCUUUUUCUCUAAAAGAUAAAGCCAGCAAUUGGUUUAACUCCUUGAAGCCUUGGUCCAUUGCCUCAUGGGACCAACUGAGGCGAGAGUUCCUUUGCCGUUUCUUUCCCCCAUCCAAAACUGCCCAACUUAGGGGAAAGCUUUACCAAUUUACUCAAAUGAACGGGGAAUCUCUUUUCGAUGUGUGGGAACGUUUUAAGGAAAUACUUAGACGUUGCCCCCAUCACGGUCUAGAAAACUGGUUAAUCAUCCAUACCUUUUAUAAUGGUCUAACAUCUAGCACUAAAUUGACCAUUGAUGCAGCUGCAGGUGGUGCCCUAAUGAACAAGGAUUUCACAACAGCUUAUGCGUUGAUUGAGAACAUGGCUCUAAACCUCUUCCAAUGGACAGAAGAAAAAGAAACCGUCGAUCCUUCACCCUCUGUAAAAGAGGCAGGUAUGAACGAAACCUCUUCCAUUGACUAUUUAUCUACCAAGCUCCAAGAGCUCAAGGACCAAACUAGACUUUUGAACAACUCUCUCGCUACUCUCACAACAAAGAUAGACUCCAUCUAUUCUCACAACAAAACUUCCGAAACUCAACUCUCCCAGGUAGUUCGUAAGGCUGGCCACCCCAAUAAAAUGAAUGCUGUUACACUUAGGAGUGGGAAGCCACUCGAAGACCCCAUAAGGAGAACCGAGACCGAUCACAGUGAGAAAGAGAUCCGUGAGCCACCAACUAGGGAAACCAGGGAAGAAAGAGAGGAACCACGAGUUGAGGAAAACACAACGCCCCCCUUUAAGCCAAAAAUCCCCUUCCCACAAAGGUUUGCCAAAUCAAAGCUAGAUGAGCAAUUCAAAAAAUUCAUGGAGAUGAUGAACAAGAUAUAUAUUGAUGUACCAUUUACCGAGGUCCUAACCCAAAUGCCCACAUAUGCUAAAUUUUUGAAAGAAAUCCUCUCAAAAAAAAGAAAGAUUGAGGAGAGUGAAACGGUUAACCUUACGGAAGAAUGUAGUGCCAUCAUCCAGAAUAAAUUGCCACCAAAGCUUAAAGAUCCAGGUAGUUUUUCCAUACCUUGUGUCAUAGGGUCGGAAGUUGUGAAAAAAGCUAUGUGCGAUCUAGGAGCCAGUGUCAGCCUAAUGCCCUUAUCACUUUAUGAGAGGUUGGGCAUAGGGGAACUUAAAUCAACAAGGAUGACCCUUCAACUAGCAGACCGUUCUGUUAAGUAUCCAGCUGGAAUCAUAGAAGAUGUCCCCGUUAAGGUAGGAGAAGUAUACAUCCCCGCCGAUUUUGUUGUAAUGGAAAUGGAGGAAGACACCCAAGUACCAAUUCUUUUGGGAAGACCUUUCCUUGCCACCGCAGGUGCUAUCAUUGAUGUAAAAAAGGGCAAGCUUGCCUUCAAUGUAGGUAAGGAAACUGUUGAAUUUGAACUGGCUAAACUAAUGAAAGGUCCCUCCAUUAAGGACUCUUGUUGCAUGAUAGACAUAAUCGACCAUUGCGUGAAAGAAUGCUCUUUAGCAUCAACUACACAUGAUGGUCUGGAAGUAUGCUUGGUUAACAAUGCAGGUACGAAACUGGAAGGAGAGGCAAAAGCUUAUGAAGAACUGUUAGAUAGAACUCCUCCAAUGAAAGAUCUAAGUGUGGAGGGGUUAGUAAAAGAAGAACCAACACUUCAACCCAAGGAGGCACCAAAAGUGGAACUCAAAACUCUCCCAUCAAAUUUAAGGUAUGAAUUCUUGGGCCCUAACUCCACUUAUCCUGUUAUUGUAAAUGCAAGUCUCGAUGAAGUAGAAACUGAAAAAUUGCUAUAUGUCCUCAAGAAAUAUCCUAAAGCCAUAGGUUACACCAUUGACGACAUUAAAGGAAUAAAUCCUUCAUUAUGCAUGCAUAGGAUACUUCUUGAAGACGACUAUAAACCUUCCAUUGAACACCAAAGGAGACUAAAUCCCAAUAUGAAAGAAGUCGUGAAAAAGGAAGUCUUAAAACUCCUAGAUGCAGGUGUGAUCUAUCCGAUUUCUGACUCCAAAUGGGUUAGCCCCGUGCAAGUUGUACCAAAAAAGGGUGGUCUCACAGUCAUUAAAAAUGAUAAAAAUGAAUCCAUUGCCACUAGAACCGUCACCGGUAUAGAGGUAGACAGAGCAAAAAUCGAAAUUAUUGAAAAAAUGUUACCUCCCACCUCCGUCAAAGAAAUUAGAAGUUUCCUAGGACAUGCAGGAUUCUAUCGUCGUUUCAUCAAAGAUUUUUCAUCAAUCACUAAGCCACUAACCAGCCUGCUCCUCAAGGAUGCAGACUUUACCUUUGAUGAUUCUUGUUUGCAGGCAUUUUGCAGGUUAAAGGAAGCACUAAUCACCGCCCCAAUCAUACAACCACCAGAUUGGAACUUGCCUUUUGAAAUAAUGUGUGAUGCAAGUGACUAUGCGGUUGGGGCGGUAUUAGGUCAAAGAAAGGACAAAAAGAUGCAUGCCAUAUACUAUGCCAGUAAGACCCUAGAUGGGGCACAGGUAAACUAUGCCACGACAGAAAAAGAAUUGCUAGCAGUUGUCUACGCCAUUGACAAAUUUCGGCAAUACUUGGUAGGAUCAAAAAUCAUUGUUUACACAGAUCACUCGGCCAUAAAAUAUUUGCUAAACAAAAAAGAUGCCAAACCGAGAUUGAUCCGAUGGAUUUUGCUCCUUCAAGAAUUCGACCUUGAAAUAAAAGAUAAAAAGGGCGUAGAAAAUGUUGUCGCUGACCACUUGUCCCGACUUCGGGAGGCCAAUAAGGAUGAGUUACCCCUGGAUGACUCAUUCCCAGAUGACCAACUAUUCUUAUUGGCACAAACUGAAGCACCUUGGUAUGCAGAUUUUGUUAACUUCCUUGCAGCAGGAGUACUACCACCCGAGUUAAACUACCAACAAAAGAAGAAAUUCUUCAAUGAUCUCAAGCACUAUUAUUGGGACGAGCCCUACCUCUUCCGAAGAGGCUCAGAUGGGAUUUUCAGGCGCUGCAUUCCUGAAAGCGAGGUAAGUAGUAUUCUAACUCAUUGUCACUCAUCUUCUUAUGGUGGCCACGCCAGUACACAAAAGACUUCUUUCAAAAUUCUUCAUUCUGGUUUCUGGUGGCCAUCACUUUUUAAAGAUGUGCACCUCUUUAUCUCUAAAUGUGACAAAUGUCAACGCACCGGUAGCAUCACUAAGAGAAAUGAAAUGCCUUUGAAUAACAUCCUUGAAGUAGAAAUUUUUGAUGUUUGGGGUGUUGACUUUAUGGGACCUUUCCCCUCCUCUUUUGGGAAUCAAUACAUACUAGUAGCCGUUGACUAUGUGUCCAAAUGGGUUGAGGCCAUUGCAUCCCCCACUAAUGACGCACAGGUAGUUAUAAAAAUGUUUAAGAAGGUCAUCUUCCCUAGAUUCGGAGUGCCACGAGUUGUGAUAAGCGAUGGCGGUUCUCACUUCAUUUCAAGACACUUUGAAAAACUUUUGCAAAAACUUGGAGUAAGGCACAAAAUCGCGACACCCUAUCACCCCCAAACUAGUGGACAAGUGGAGGUCUCAAACAGACAAAUUAAAGCUAUCCUUGAAAAAACUGUUUCCACCUCUAGAACAGAUUGGUCAAAUAAGCUUGACGAUGCCCUUUGGGCCUAUCGUACGGCUUAUAAAACCCCCAUUGGGAUGACCCCUUUUAAACUUGUCUAUGGGAAAUCCUGUCACCUUCCUGUUGAGCUAGAGCAUAAAGCUUAUUGGGCUAUUAGAAACCUCAACUUAGACCCCAAUUUAGCCGGUGACAAAAGAAAACUUCAAUUAAAUGAGCUAGAAGAGCUUAGGAUGGAUGCUUAUGAGAAUGCCCGCAUUUACAAAGAGAGAACUAAGACCUGGCAUGACAAGAAAAUCAUCAAAAGGCAUUUCAAAAGUGGUGAUCUUGUGCUGCUCUUUAACUCUAGGCUAAAACUCUUUCCAGGAAAACUGCGAUCACGCUGGUCCGGCCCCUUCAAAGUUCGCACAGUCUACCCUUAUGGGGCAAUUGAAAUCUUUUCUGAAGAAACCGGAUCCUUCACCGUUAAUGGCCAACGACUUAAAAUCUAUAAUACCGGGGAAGAACAUGAAGUAGUGGCUGAUUUCACCCUUAGUGACCCACCUUAA